AUGACGGCAAGUGAAGGAAGGCCGAGCCAACAAGGAUAUUUCGGUUUGGAAACACCCAGCGGCGACUCGAGUGCAGGCCCAAGCAGGCCGGGAACCUCUGGAGAUAAUCAGCCGCCGAAAGGGAAAAGUAGAGUCAGGUUCAACAGUACCAGCGAGGCCAACGAUGUUACAAAUCAGAGGUCCAGUUUCCACGUCCGUGAUGGAUCCCUCUCUCCAACCGGAGUCGCAUUUCCGAAGCAAACCAAGUCAACCCCAUCCGUUUCGAGGAAGAAUAGUGUUACACCCUUGCUGAGACACACUCCCGAGGUCGAGAAGACGAAUCCAUUCGCAGACCCAGUUCUCAACCCAGUGUUCAAGCCAAGGCCAAGAGUGUUGAGGAGCAAUUCCUCCACCAAUUCCCUGCGCCAAGAAGAUAUGUCGGAGUACAAUGAGAAGGCUUUCUCAGCGUUGGCGGCCCAAGAAAGAGCACAGAGGGUGGCAACUUUGGUAGGGGGUAGUUCUGCACCAAAUUCAAGAAGAAACAGUUUCGACGAGGAAUCUGAUGAAGGCUUUAUAUCUCCACACAGCAGAUCGACGAAACGAUACCCCGUCCGAGUUGAUGAUAUUCCGCUGGCGGAUAUGGACAGCAGACGGACCUUUGACGGAGCAAGUGAUGAGGACGAGUGUUGUACAGAUGAGAAAGGGAAGGCCAAAGCGUCGAGCAGCUCCGAAGCUCACAAGUUGGUGAGGGCACAUACAAGAAAGCACCAUUCAGAAGCUUGGAAGAUGCCAUCGGGGUCAAAAUCGGGCAUGGCUUCGGGCCAAGUGACCCCAAACGAGGAAGAGCGGUUUGCUGAGGAGUUCGUCCCAAGACCACAACAGUAUCGAGGCGGUGUUCUCUCUUCUCUGUUGAAGCUUUACAAUGCACCGUCAGGUAUUUCAAGAAGAGGUAGUGAUAGCUCAACUGAAGAUGCUUCUUUCGCAGGCACCGGAACUGGUUCGAGAGGAUCUUCGGGAACGACGACACCACGAACCAAAGCCGCUAAAUGGUAUAACCAUAAAAACCAAUCACACGAUACUCUUGCCGGACUUGUCGAAGCCUCUGCCAUUCUGGGCGCCCAAGGAGGGGUUCGAAAUCCUAAAAAGAAGCCAUCUCGACCUGGACUUCACAAAAAGACGCACCAUGGCAAUCUUAUCUCCUCCGCAAUAAGCAAGAUGAACAAACCACGACUUGAGGACGAGAUCAGAAUCACUGUACAUAUUGCAGAGACACUCAGUCGGCAGAAGUAUCUGUUGAAGUUGUGUCGGGCUUUGAUGAGCUACGGCGCUCCCACUCAUCGACUUGAAGAAUACAUGAAAAUGAGUGCACGGGUUCUCGAAAUCGAUGGCCAGUUCCUGUAUCUUCCUGGGUGCAUGAUCAUCUCCUUCGAUGAUGUCUCCACUCAUACAACUGAAGUCAAGUUGGUCAGAGCCCCGCAAGGCGUCGAUUUGGGCAAGCUGAAGGACAUUCACGAGAUAUACAAGGAGGUUGUCCACGAUGUGAUCGGCGUUGAGGAAGCUACACAGAGGCUUGAUAUCAUCAUAACCGGCAAACAGAAGUACAACAAGUGGCUCCUUGUACUUGUUUAUGGCUUCGCCAGUGCCACUGUUGCUCCGUUUGCAUUUGAAGCACGCCUCAUCGACCUGCCUAUUGCUUACAUUCUCGGUUGCAUCCUUGGCUUCUUGCAGCUCAUUGCAGCCCCCAAGUCCGACCUCUACAGCAACGUCUUUGAAAUCUCUGCUGCAGUAAUCACGUCCUUCUUGGCUCGAGCCUUCGGUUCGAUCCGUGGUGGAAAUCUAUUCUGCUUUUCCGCGCUGGCACAGUCCUCGAUCGCCCUUAUUCUUCCUGGCUACAUGGUCCUAUGCGGGUCUCUUGAACUCCAAUCGAGAUCCAUGGUCGCUGGAUCUGUUCGCAUGGUCUAUGCCAUCAUUUAUUCCCUGUUCCUCGGCUUCGGCAUCACAAUUGGGACAGCAUUUUAUGGUUUAUUAGACGCCAAUGCAACAAGUGCCACAACCUGCACGAAUCCAAUCGGGCAAUAUUACAGAUGGCUGUUUGUGCCAGCGUUUACUCUUUGCUUGUGUAUUAUCAACCAAGCAAAGUGGAAGCAGACCCCAGUUAUGCUGAUAAUAUCUUUCGCCGGUUAUGUCGUCAACUUCUUCAGUGCAAAGAAGUUUUCCUCUUCACCACAAAUCUCCAGCACCCUCGGUGCACUUGCAGUUGGUGUACUCGGGAACUUGUACUCACGGAUGCGACAUGGUGUCGCUGCGGCUGCUCUCUUACCAGCCAUCUUUGUUCAAGUCCCAUCAGGACUUGCUGCUUCAGGAUCUCUCCUAGCUGGAAUCAGCAGCGCGGAUCAAAUCACCAAUACGACUUUGUAUACCAAUGGAACGGCGAAGAUUAAUGGCACGAGUUCUGUUUCCGUUACUUCGGCAACAGAUCUCAACACCAUCGUCUUCAACGUCGGCUACAGUAUGAUCCAAGUCGCGAUCGGGAUCACCGUCGGUCUGUUCUUGAGUGCUCUAAUUAUAUACCCACUUGGAAAAAGAAGAAGCGGGUUGUUCAGUUUCUGA